UUCUUGCUUCACACUUCAAGGAUAAUUUUAUCUUUUCAUCUAAUUUUUAAUGUUUUACUUCAAAACCUAGCAAUCACCGCACUGUACAGGCUUUUCUUUCGCUUCUCUCUUCUCACUCUUUGUUCUUAUCGGUACUAAGCUGGCAGCUCUUUGAGAUACUUGGCAAAUGCAGGUCAUUUGUAUCAAAAGGUUAACAACCAGUUUAUUGCAAAUUCAGUAUCACCAUUAUCAGAAAAGCUUUGCAGAUCUUAUCUUUGCACUUUUGUGAAUUUUUCCAUUUGGAUCAUUGUUUCUUGUGAAAAGGAAAAUUGAGCUGCCAUAAACAGAUGGAUUCCAAAUAACCAAAUAAGUACUCAUACACAGAAAAAAAGAAUGUUGCAAUGCAGCUCAAACGGCGUGAUACGCAGAGCCAAAUAUCUACUCGUAUAAGGGAAGCGAUGUUGCUAUCGCGACGCAUGAGAAGACAAAAAUUUUCAAAGCACCGCCUUCUUGAAAGUCUAAUUGUUGUUGUCCCAGAGCAGGCAACAUUAUCUUGGGACAAAACAGGAUUUCUAAAACAAACUGCUCUUACCAUACGAGAACCUCCUUCCCUUGCGGAAAAAGGUACCAAACAUCAAGCUUUCCUGACUACAUUGCGUGAUAAUUUAAAAAAAGAAAAGGGUAUAUUGGAUACCCCUAUCAUUUGUGAAAUAGCUGCCAGUCUUCAAACUUGCACGACUACAGUGAUGGAUAAUCUAGAAAAAGAAAAGUCUAUAUUGGAUCCCCCUAUCAUUCGUGAAACAGGUAAACCUGCCUUUAGAUUAUACUUUCUUUGAGAAUAACAUAUUGUUUGUACAUUACUGUAAUCUGUGAAUAUUUUUAUAUAAGGGCCCACGUCGGGUACAUCUAAACUACCUCCUGUUUCCUUGAACGCUAUUCCAAUCAAAGGUUUGCAUAAACUUUAUAUUAUAAUAAUGUCCACCAUACGUAUGCCUUCGUGUUUUUUAUUUAAUGAUACUUCUUACAUAUUCAGUUCAUAGCCGGGCUAGAAAGGUGUGUCUGGCUGCUAAAGAGCAACGAAGUGACUAUGUUGCUCUAAAAAAUGUGUCGCACUACCAAUACUGUCGUGCAAAGAGGUUUGAAUAUGAACCUCCGAGAUUUUUCUGUAAUAGUGGUGCAAUAAGGUUGACAUCUCAUAAAAUGCCACCUGAAUUAUCAGAGUUAUACUUUGGAAAUACUGAAGAAUCUGAAAACUUUCGAACUUAUAUUAGAACGUACAACAACAUGUUUGCAUUUACUUCACUUGGUGUAAAGUAUGACAAAAGAGCUAGCGAGAAGAAAUUGCGGUAUCUACACAUUUAAAGUCCAGGGGCAAAUGUAUCAUUUUAUAGAUGAUUUAAUUCCUUCGAAUGA